UUGUUAAUAUUUUCAGGUAUUCUUUGCAAAAUACAUAAGUAAAAAUUAUCUGCUUGGCGAAAGCUGCAGCGUACAUUUAGUUGUGCAAAUGGAAAUUGAUUCCUCCGAGGAGGGAAAUAAUGACCAAUUCAAAAAUACAUCUACCCACGAGGUGUUUGCUCAAAUAGGGUCAACAAAAGAUUCCAUAAAUCCGAAAAAUUUCGAAAGGCGCAAGCCUAGUUUUGUUUGGAAAUAUUUUAGACGUAGUAGUACCACUGAACUAGAGUGCACUAUUUGUGCCGGCAGUGUUAGUAAUAAAACUAGCAACUUAGCCCGACAUUUGCUUGCAGCACACGAUAUAAGUAGACAGUCACAUCAAACUGAAGAGGAAUUCAAUAAGCCUACACAUAACAGUGUACUGGGUCGUCCAAGCCGAAGUUUUAUCUGGAAAUAUUGUACCAAAGAAGACUGCAGAUACGCGCGCUGUCAUUUAUGCAAAAAAUUACUAUACUUUGGUGGCGGAAAUACAGCAAAUCUCGCCAAACAUCUACGACGAAAACAUACCGAAGUUAUUAGUAUUCACGAGUUGGGACCAGCAAAAGUUAUGGAAGAUUCAGAAGACUUAGUUGCAGAGAUGUCCAAUCAAAUGGACUCGUCCAUUAAUAAUUGUGAUGAAGAGAUAUAUAAAGUACAACGCGAAAACAGUUCCGAUGCGGUUCGCUUACGCAAGGAGCGCAAGGGAAGCAGCUACGUUUGGAACUAUUGCGAUAAACUUUCAAGGCACAGAAUUCGUUGUAAACUUUGUAAGAAAGUUAUGAAUUUUCAUGGCACUGCAAACGUAAUAACGCAUUUGCAACGUCGGCAUAAUAUUGUUGGACGCGUCGAAAACGAAGCGGAAAUUUUAAAUAUUAUCGAAGACGAUAAUGGAAUGGCCGAUGUAAAGGAGGAACCUGACGCAAUUGUUCGCCGACACAGACGAUCAUCCGCGUCUACGAGCGUUGUUUGGAAAUAUUGCAAAAGGCUUGGUCAGGACGUUGUGCGUUGCAGUUUUUGCAAGAAAAAUCUUUCCUUUCAAGGCACAAGUAAUUUACAAAGGCAUUUACAUCGCAUGCAUGGAAUUGUUACACGAGGACGCGGCUUUAGCGGAUCGGAGCACGAAUUAGCAGAUAUCGACGAAAAUUUUAUAUGGGAGCAUUGUGAACACACGGACGAUGGCAAAAUUAAAUGCAAUAUGUGUAACCACACGUUUGCUGGUAAAGGGUUUGAAGAAAUUCGUAAACAUCUUACAGGCACGCACUCAGUCCUUUCGAACCCUCCUGUGAAGACACAUACACGAAAACGACGAAAACAACCAGAG